AUGAAGGUCACCAGUAUCCUGGCACAGGCUAUUGGCCUUACUCUGUCCCUCAGCACCCUCGCCGAGUCCAAAGACCAUCGCUCUCGCAACGAUGCAUGCCACCCUCAUCAUCCUUUCCAUCCGCUUCCCGGUAGUCAACAUCGCCACAAGACAUGUCACGUUCCAAGCAAUGGAGACGGCACUGAUGAUUCUGCUCAUAUCAUCUCGAGCCUGAAGAAGUGCAACAAUGGCGGCAAAGUCGUCUUCGACGCCGAAAAGACCUACACUGUCGGCAAGGCUAUGGAUAUGACUUUCCUCAAGAACAUUGAUCUGGCCACGCCGUACAAGGAAAGAAAUCUAACGUGGCUCGUGACAGAAAUCCUCGGCACUAUUCAGUUCACCAAUGACACCGACUACUGGCAGGCGAAUUCCUUCAAGCAAGUCUAUCAGAAUGCCACUACUUUCUUCCAACUAGGUGGCACAGACGUCAAUGUCUACGGCGGUGGUACCCUGGACGGCAACGGACAGGUCUGGUACGAUCUGUACGCCAAGGAGCCUCUCAUCCUGCGGCCCAUCUUGUUCGGUGUUAUCGGCCUACACGGUGGUAGCAUUGGCCCUCUUAAGCUGCGCUACUCGCCACAAUGGUACAACUUUGUCGCCAACUCUUCGGAUGUUCUCUUUGAAGGCAUCGAUAUCCGCGGCUAUAGCAAGAGUUCCCACGUGGCUAAGAACACCGAUGGAUGGGACAUUUACCGAUCGAACAACAUUGUGAUUCAGGAUUCAGUGAUCAACAACGGUGACGACUGUGUGUCUUUCAAGCCCAACAGCACGAACGUCAUCGUUCAGAAUCUUCACUGCAACGGUUCCCACGGUAUUUCCGUGGGCUCGCUGGGCCAGUACAAGGACGAAGUUGAUAUUGUUGAGAACAUUCUUGUCUACAACAUCUCAAUGUUCAAUGCAUCGGACGGUGCCCGUAUCAAGGUCUGGCCCGGUGUUGCCUCGGCCUUGUCCACAGACCUCCAGGGUGGGGGUGGUUCUGGCAGCGUGAAGAACAUCACCUACGAUACCAUGACCAUCCAGAAUGUCGACUACGCGAUCGAGGUCACUCAGUGCUACGGACAGAAGAACCUGACUCUGUGCAACCAAUUCCCCAGCAGCAUGACCAUCUCAGAUAUCCACUUCAAGAACAUCAAGGGCACAACCUCGGGAAAACGCGACCCUAUUGUCGGAACAAUUGUUUGCUCGAGCCCAAACGUGUGCUCCAAGAUCUACGCCACAGAUAUCGAUGUUUCUAGUCCUGGCCCCAAGGACUACCAUAACGAUUUCGCCUGCACGAAUGUUGACGACAGCCUGCUGGCCGUGAAUUGCGCUUCCAACUAG